AAAAUGAACGACAAGCGAACAUCGCUACCUGCUUGAUUCGUUUCGCCAAAGCAAUAGCUCAGCAGUACUUUGACGACUGCGCACAAACACGAGGAAAUCUCCCGUUUAAUACAUACUCGAGCGAAGAUGGCGGCUGUUGUGGAGAAUGUAGUCAAAGUCCUAGGGGAGCAGUACUAUAAGGAUGCCAUGGAGCAGUGCCAUAAUUACAAUGCGCGUCUCUGUGCUGAAAGAAGCGUCCACAUGCCAUUCCUGGACUCACAGACUGGAGUGGCCCAAAGCAACUGCUACAUCUGGAUGGAGAAGAGACACAGAGGUCCAGGGGUUGCUCCAGGGCAGCUGUAUACCUACCCUGCUCGUCGCUGGAGGAAGAAACGACGGGCGCAUCCUCCAGAGGACCCCCGCCUUGCCUUCCCUCCCCUCAAAUCAGAGGUGGAGCUGGCGCUGAAGAAGGACGUGCUGCCCCCCGCGGACGGCAGCAGCCUGGAGGCCCUGCUGAAGGCCGAGCCCCAGGAGAAGCGGGGCACCCCGGAGCUGCGGGGGCCCGAGGAGGAGCCCAGCGUGCCAGAGUUCACCGCCGGAACCCACAACUCGUCCACCCGCCUUAGGAAGAGAGUCCUGGAGCCUGAUGACUUCCUGGACGACCUGGACGAUGAAGACUACGAGGAAGAUACCCCCAAGAGACGAGGGAAAGGGAAGGGAAAGGGCCGUGGGGUGAGCAGCAGCCGGAAGAAGAUGGACGCUGCCGCGGCCGCCCUGGAGGACAGGGACAAGCCUUACGCCUGCGACAUCUGCGGGAAGCGCUACAAGAACCGUCCAGGCCUGAGCUACCACUACGCGCACUCCCACCUGGCGGAGGAGGAGGGCGAGGACAAGGAGGAGGCGGAGCUGCACACCCCCGUCCCGCACCACCCGGAGGAGCACAAGACCCCCAAGAAAGGACCGGACGGCCUGGCCCUUCCCAACAAUUACUGUGACUUCUGCCUGGGCGACUCCAAGAUCAACCACAAGACGGGCCAGUCGGAGGGGCUGGUGUCCUGCUCGGACUGCGGCCGCUCGGGUCACCCGUCCUGCCUGCAGUUCACUCCGGUCAUGAUGGCGGCGGUGAAGACGUACCGCUGGCAGUGCAUCGAGUGCAAGUGCUGUAACAUCUGUGGCACCUCUGAGAAUGACGACCAGCUGCUGUUCUGUGAUGACUGUGAUCGGGGAUACCACAUGUACUGCCUCAGCCCUCCCAUGUCCGAGCCGCCCGAAGGAAGCUGGAGUUGUCACCUGUGUUUGGAUCUGUUGAAAGACAAGGCCUCCAUAUACCAGAACCAGAACGCCCCUCCCUCCUGAUGAGUCCCCCCCCGCGCUCCCGUCCGUCAAAGCCCUGAGACCACUCUCCUUCAGACCUCUCACCGGUGAGGGAGGGGGGCAGGAGGCCCCCCCACAGAGAGAAGUCCCUCUUUUCCCAUCCUGGAGCAGGACGUGCACCCGGGAGCCUCCCAAACUCAACAGCCCUCUCAGAGCUUCUCCCCCCCCCCACAAAUCCUUUUAAGGGUUUAUUGCUUACUGUGACUCUUUGUGUUCCUCAGAACGUUCCGGAAAACUUGUUCCGUCAAUAUUCGGUUUGUAUAAGUGGUUCUGUUAUGUAGGUAUAUGUCUGUUUUGAGGACAUGAAACUGAAGGUCCCCGGAUGGCAUACUUUUCCAUGCAGUAUUUCUUCUCUCUUACACUAUUUAGCAGAAGAAAGCCGAGUAAUGCAAUUUUCAUGGCCUCUUUGAGCGGAGCAGAUCUCUGUGGCCACGACGAGCCGUCCGGUUUGCACUGCAUGGUUUAAAAAAGCUACAGUACUGUGCAGCUGCCGCUUGCCAAUUUACACGCAUCUUUCUUUUCGUUCAUCGAUAAAGGACAUCGUCUGUCGGAUUGUCGAGACAUCUGUGGUACGUAGAAGGCGAUAAUAGUCGGAGUCAGUGGGCAUGCCAGUGCUUGUUUGUCAAGAAAGCAGUAAAUGUUUUGUAUAUUUAUAUAUUGGUGUGAAUAGUUCUAAAAAAAAAAAAAAGAAAAAACUAUACGAAAUGGCAGAAAGCUUGUCAGUUGAUGGUCUUGAUGGUCCUGAUGGUCCGGGGUUGUCAUUAACAGGAAAAGUGGUGAAAUAUGUGGAAUGGUGGCCAAAGUACUGGUCUGAUCCAGGUCCGCUCGCCACUGCUGCUCUUACAGGACAGGGCUGGUGUUUUUAAUCAUAUCAAGAGGUCAGAAUUGAGAGCAUACAGAAUUGAAUGGGUGUCCUGUGCUAAGUGAGGUGUCGUUAGGACGAGACGGGACGGGUGUCUUAUCGCACCAAUGCAGGGGGACAUAGACGGCCUUUACUCUCAGGCCUGCCCUUGCCUUCCACUGACAGAAUUUUUGGGGGUGAUUUGGUCCCCUUUUAUCUCCCGUGAUGUCUGACCCACUUCACGCCCCUCCGAGCUUUUUAGAUGGGGGCGUUAAGCCCUGACGCUGGUCUUAAGACCCGGCCUGUGCAGUGGCUCUGUUCCUCUGAUCUGAGCACGGUGUGUUCACACCUCCGUCUGCUGCUCCGGCCCAGAGUGUUUACCCUGCGCAAGUGUUCAGCUACCCUGGGCAAGUGCUCAGUUGCCCUGAGCAAGUGUUCCACUACCCUGGGCAAGUGUUCAGCUACCCCAAGGAAUUGUUCAGUUACCCAGGGCAUGUGUUCUACUACCCUGAGCAAGUGUUCAGCCACCCUGAGUAUGCGUUCCACUACCCUGGGCAGGUGUUCAGCUCCUCUUUCACUUCAACUGGCACCAGAGGCAGGUUUUCUAAAUCCAGAGAUGUCAGACUUUACACAUUUUGGUAGAGCUAGGGGGAAAACUCCGGGGGGAAAAUGCUUUUGCCACAACGGUCUUUAUGUUUUAUAUGUGCUUUUUUAUGCAUUUUGUUUGCCAUAUCUUUGUAUGAGAAUUUAAGUAUCACAAAUGUUGAUUUUCAUAUUUUAUAACUAGGUUGCAAUCAGAAUCAGUAUUUGUAAUUCUAGUUAAUACGGUUCCUGCCUGGGGGCAAAUAUCUUAUGAUUCCGGCUAUUGAUUUGACCAAACCAGUUUAACUUCCGUCCUUCCCCAGUUCAGCGAGUGCUUGCAGUGUGCAGAUAGCGAGAACGGCUGCUCUCUGUACAUCCAGGGCUGUGUUUGUGAAGCACAGGUUCAGACACGGGAGAAUCAAAAUGACCGAGGUAUGCCACCUCCACAGUACUGCCUGUAGAGGGCGCUGUUGAUUCUGUGAUCAGCCUGCUUCGUUGGUUUGUACCCGCAGAAGGAUUCAGGCUGUCUCCUCAUCUGCUGAAUGAUCCAUAUCAAUGGUUUAUUUUGUUAUUUGUCAUGACUGUAAAACUUCACGUCUGAGUUUUGUGGUGUUGGCACCGCACAGUUGUUGGCUGGGAUGAUAUUUUCAGUGGCUGGAAGAAAUCUAUCGGUAGAGAUCUAAUGCAACUGCACAAAUUGUGAAGUCCCUCCUCAGUGUAUGGAGGGUUUAAUACUUUUUAUAGUGACAUGCGUCUGUUAUUGGACUCUUUAUAGCUGGAUGCUUUGUAAACUUUUUUUAAUUGUCAUGUGAAUAGUAUUUACCAUUGUUAUAUAUAUAGUGUUAUUCUUGCAAAUUUCAAAUAUCAAUAUUUACAGAGGGAAUUGAUAUUACAAUGUAGACGCACAACUGAGAAUCACAAAAAUCUAUAGUAGCUUCAAAGUAAGUUUCCAUGGGUGAGGAUUCUCACUUAAUAUUGGUUAUAAUAUUCCCUACCUUUGUCUAGUACUGUAAACUUGUCUUACAGCCAUGAUGUACCUCAAGUUUAUUAACAGUAUUUAAAAUGGAAAGAAAAAAAAACAGUACUUCAGGCCAAUGCUCUGUAAUUAGGUGUUUACAAUCAAAUGCAUGUGAACCACACACUGUUUUUAAUUUACUCUCAGUUUGUCUAUUGUGGGGAUGUUAAAAGAUUUUGGGAUAUUUGUAAUAUCGUUUAGUUAAUCAUGUUUUAUCCAUGUCCACUUAACCAUUUAUACUGAAACUUCAGCAUACAUUUUUGCAUUUUAGAAACAUGCUGAGUGUUUUCACAUAUUUCACACAUGUAUGUUUUAUAGGUUUUUUCUUAUUUUGAAGACCUGUAUUUGUGUUACCAUAGCCUGUCUGUUUAUGGUACGUGUACAGUUUUUGUCCUUUUUUAAAGUCAAUUAAACUUUGGCACUGAUUGUA